CUCGGCCGGUGUCGUGACGCAGUCCGGCUCUUCCCCCUGUUCGUCUCCCUCCCUCCGGGCUGUUCCGGAUGUGUCGCCUCCCUCCCUCCGCCCCCGUGAUCCUCUUAUCAGCGCAUAAGCGGCCAAGAUGAAUGUUGUAAACCAGUUGGUGGCCCAAGGCCAGUUCACAGUAGUCAAACAACCUUUGGGAUUUAUAAAAGUUCUACAGUGGAUCUUUGCAAUCUUCGCCUUCUCGACAUGUGGCAGUUACUCGGGCAUGUUCAAGAUGAGUGUGGAGUGUAAAAACCGGUCGGAGAGUGACCUAGGCAUAGAGGUAGAGUUUGUAUAUCCGUUCAGGCUCCAUCAGAUUUACUUUGAUGCACCGACCUGUAAGGGAGGAAACCCCGAGCGUCUGUUCCUGGUUGGAGACUACUCCUCCUCAGCCGAGUUCUUCGUCACUAUCGGUGUCUUUUCAUUUCUCUACUCCAUGGCAGCCCUCGCCGUGUACUGCUUCAUCCUGGAGAAGUACCGUGAGAACAAUAAGGGAGCCCAGAUUGACUUCGUAGUGACGGCAGUAUUUGCCUUCAUGUGGCUGGUUUCUUCGUGCGCUUGGGCUAAGGGGUUGUCAGAUGUGAAAACAGCCACUGAUCCAGAGACGGUGAUCACUCUCAUCUCAGCCUGUGAUGUGCCAGAGAACCGCUGCCGUGAGAUCUAUGAACCCAAGGUGUCUGGCCUCAACACCUCUGUGGCUUUUGGCUUCAUCAACCUGAUCCUGUGGAUAGGAAACCUGUGGUUUGUAUUCAAGGAGACUGGGUGGAUGGCUGCCUUUGCCGGAACGUACGUCCCAUCGCAGGAAAAGCAGCCGGCCCCUGAUUCCUUUGGUCAGGGAGGUUACGACCAGCAGGACCCCUACGCCGCCUCCCAGGGAGGGUACCAGCCCGAAUACGGCCAGCAGGGCGGAUACAAUGAGGAUGGAGGAUACAGCCAGGGCUAUAACCAGCAGCCCACCUCCUACUCUAAUCAAAUGUGAACCUAUUCAUUCAAACCACAGCUGCAGGAUGGGUGACCUUGUGAUUUUGGGGUGUGGCUCUCCUCCGCCGUCUGCAUUUCCACACUCCUCUGUUUGUCUGUUUGUGUACCUGUGAGUCGACCUACGGAGGGAGGGACGCACGGAGGACCGACACUUGUUGAGGCCCGGGGAGGGAACAUCUUUGGGUUAAAAAAAAAAGGGGGGGGGGGGGAAUCCUUGGUGUAACAUGAUGUUUAUUCUCGUGACGUAUUUAACUGUAGAAGACAACAGAGGAUUGUCUGUUUGGUGAUACGAGAAAAACUUGAAUACAAAACCAAAACAUUCAUUGACGAACAUUUAAGAGAAAUCUUGUAACGGAAAAGACUUACAUUUAUGGAAAAAGAAAAUUGUAGUAAUAUUUAACUUGGGAGAAUGUAUUUGUCUGUGCUGUGUAAAUAUCAACAUGCUGAUAUAUAUUAUUAUAUAUACACAGUUGAAUAAUUGUGCACUCCAUAUUCAUUGUUAUACAACAAAUGCUAAGUGCAGAAUUAUUCAGUUGCAUUUACUGUGGUCCUGUUUAGGAGCUCACAUAAUUUAGCCCUUGCCCUUUGAUUUCCUUCUCUUAAAUUGAGGAUUUUAUUUAUUUAUCUCAAAAUCUAUAGACAUCUAUUUUUUAAUUCCCUCAUCAUGCUGUUUUGUUUAAUCAACAUAAAGAAUAUGAAAGAGUGAAUAGUUGUGAUCAUGAGAAGGUCGAAAGGAAAAUAAUUCUCCAUGUAUAGAGUAUUUCUAGUUGUAGCAGUGAAUAGGUGAUAGCAGUGUGGUCUGAUUCCUAAUUCGAUUUUUGUUUUGUCUACGUAUUUUCCGCCAAUACACAUCACUGUUUGGAAAUUCUUGUAAUACAAAGAAUAUUUUAAAUCCUGACGUAUAAGGUCCAAACUGCAUAGCGUUAAGAUAAUUAAUGAGCAUGAUACCAUCUCAUACUUAUUGUGCUGUUUCACAAACUGCUGUAGUGUGCUACCAGUAUGACAAUUGUGACUCGGAGCAGUGAACAACAGUUUAGCUAUGUGUUUGUUUAUUUGUUGGGAUUUAUGUGAUGGCAUCAAACUAAUUUUUGUGGGUGAUACUCGUCUCGUUUUGAUUGCCUUUUAUGUGGUCCAGACAGUUGUAAGAGAGUCAUAUAGUUUUUUAACCGGUGUUUAUUAUUGCAUUGUAAUCUGUGAAAUACACAUUAAUAUGAACUGUAAGUACGUAAGAACAAAGUGUAUUGAAGACCUUGGCUAGGUCGUGACUAUGCCUCCACUUAUAAUUCUCCUGCAUCUUCAAAUCCUUUUUUUUUUGCUUCUCUUUCUGAAGACGAUUACACUUAGUGCAUGCAUCGUACUCCUUAUAUUCUAACACAACCCUUAAAUUUGACAGGCUGCAGGAAAAGUGCUUGACUGCCCAGUGAUACGUUUGAUUCCUUAGAGUGGUUGCUGCACAGCACGUACAGGAGCUCUGCUAUACUCUACACGAAGCACAAGCACAGUGGUGCAAUAAUCAUUUCUUUCCGGAAAACUACGGUCCUGCACAUCCUCCACAUGGAUAUCAGAAUGCGUGAUAACUGCCUCUGCCGGUGUUAGUAAUUGGUCAUCAGCUGUACACUGGGCCGUCACCAAAUUGCAGAUUCACUUUUUUAAAAAUCCAAAUAAAAUAAAUAAAAAACAAACAAAAAACAAUCAAGGUUGUUUCAUUCAGGCAGUGUAAAAGUGCUCCCCUCCCUGCCCUUGUUUUUUUUCUCUCUUCCACUGUAGCUCUUAUAAAUAUGCUGAAAUGAAAUAUACUCUGUUGUUAGUGGUGAAUGAUGUCUUGUGAUACUCUCUACGCCUUUGGAUAGUGCUGUGUUUAUUGUGUAUGAUGUAUUCAUAUUAGUAUUUAUGAUAAUGAUAAGUCAGAUUAAAAAAAAAAGAAUCGAAAAAUCUCCAGAAUUCUGAUGUAUUCUUAUUAUAUGGAAUCCAUGUGAAACAAAAUGAAAUAAACUUGAACUUAUUCUAUUGACA